AGCAACGCUUGUUCAAUAAUCGCUUUAGCAUCGGACGCGAAAAUUGCAUUUCCUUGCAAAAAUGGUCAUUCUGCUAGUCAAAAGGGGCGAUGAGAAUCAGUUUCUAUACGAAACAGACGUGAAUUACGAAGUGGACGAUGUGGUGAAGGAUAUAACGGCGAUUUUUAAUGGGAGACUCAAAGUAACCAGGUUAGGAUAUGAGAUGGAAGAGCUGCAGAAACAUGGGACGUUUCUGCCGCCUGAAAUGCAGGGUCUGAACGAGGAUCAGAUUAAAGAGCUAAAGCUGGAAGACCCUUGGGCCACGCGGUGCGCACCGCCAGGGGCUGUGUUUGAGAAGGAUGACAUGGGCAGACGCUGUGGACUCGCCCCACCGCCCAAUAUGCAAGAAGUGAUGAAAAAAGCUGUCGAGACUGCUAAGGAGUAUAUCAGCAAGAAGCAUGUGGACCUUCGCAAAUGUCUCACCCAGAAGGACGUGUCCAAAGCUCUAGACGAGCUCCGUGGCGCUACCAAGAUAGUCUUCCCUGCUGGUCUACCUCCCCACGACCCUGUGAGGAUGGAGCUAGACAAUGUCGAAGAUCUUAGCGGGACCCAGGCUGCUUUGGAGGUCAUAGAUCCGAACAGGGCCUGCCUUUGGGCCUGUGGGAAGAAACUGCUGAGUGGGAAUAAACUGAGCGACCAUUUAGGAAAGAACAACAAAACCAAAGUGACAGUGAAGCUCUGCUCCUCCUCCGAAGGUGCACCAGGCAGAGAACCUGUCAUGACAGAAGACGAACGAAAGCAGCUGAUGCUCCACGCUUACAGAAAGCAGGAGGAGUGGAAGAAGCUGGAGCAGGACGAUGAUGACAGCUACCUCAACUCCAAGUGGGCUGAUGGGCAGAACAUGAAGAGGCAGUUCCAUGGACUCAAUGAUAUUAACUGGAAACCAGUGAUUAGGAAGUAAUUAAGGGUUGGGAUUUCUCGAUUUUUUUUAUAGUAGAAGCAAUUGAAGUAGGUACCUAGGUAAUUUCGCGUUAGCUUUUCUGGAUAAAAAUAGGGUAAACUGCCAAUCAUUGGACUUAAUUUUUGAAUUAAAAAUAGCAUUUCAAAUUCAACAACUAAGAAAUUCGGAUUAAUAUAAAAGGGCGUUAAGUUGCAAUUUGCAUUUGUAUGUAAGUAACAUUAAACAAUUUGAAGAUGUUUAGGGGUAUUUUGGCCAAUGACUGGAAGUUAAACCCUAUGGAUGUGAUAUGAUAUAUUUCAUGAUGGAACCUAUAAAUUUUAUUCUUCUAGAGGACGUAUCUAGGAUGAUACAGCUCAAUUUGAUUGUUUACAAGUAAAGCUCAAAUCUUCCUUCAAAGUUUUCUUCUUUGUCGCUUUAGCGUAUC